UAUCGGGUUAUAUCUCGUCCGCAAUAUUUGGAUGAAACUGAUUCAAUUGUAAGCAGUCGCUCCCGACAAACAGCAACUGUUUCUAAGGUCAAGGAAACUGAGUCUCUGUCCCGACGAUCAGGGUUCGAAUCUCAGCAAUCCAUAACUCAAACCAAUCCUCUCACAUCCCGAACGUCCAGUAUGAAAGUUCAUCGACCAAUGCCAUCCUCAUCUUCCGCUUCUAUCUACUCCUUCGCCGACGAUAAUAGAUCACAACAUCAGGCGGUCACACUUCAAACCCCUGUCCUCUCUGCUGCUGAAGAUCGAAGUUCUUCAGAUCGAAGUAACCAAUGGUCUUCAUCCGAUCUCUCUUCCAUUCGUUCUUGCAGUAUUGUCUCUGUACCCGUGACGAGUUAUGACACGACGCAGCCUUAUGAGGGUUCUGCCAUCUUUGAAACUUCAGCUUCAAGUUAUGCAAACAGUUUAAUAGGCCCUAGUGGUGAGCCACUUGGCUCUAGCAGAUAUCCCAGCCCUGGAGAAAGGCGUGGGACUGUAGAAAGCAAUCGAAGUCGAAGUGAAACGACUGGAACAUCGAAUGCUUCACUUUCUACCGUUCCCUCGACGUCUGCUGAUGCUGCUGAAGAUCUUCACAAACUUCGGUUGCAACUGUACGUGUUUGUUCUCCGAUGCAUAGCUUAUCCCUUCACAGUGCCUCUUCCCCAAGAUCCUGUUCGUCGAUAUCUAAAAGUUACUCGUGAGUACCUCAACGUUCUUCGAGAGCGAUUCACCGCCUUCCUAAAUAAGGAAUUGCAGAUAGUGUGCGAUGAAGCCUUCUUCAAUGCCGUGUUGCAUUUUGAUGAAAUCUAUCUCAGAAAUGAGUCUGUGGAACGAGCCGUGAUUGCUGGUGGCUUUUCAAUGAAUGAUAUUCGAGAGGUUUUUGUUCGAAGUAUUGAGCAGAGGCUCCAACGUUUCGAAGAAAUUGAUGGCCUUCCCAAGCAGACCGUAAUUGGAGCUUGGAAGGUGAAAUUUGACCAAAUAUGCCGAGGUGGUGAAGGUCCAUGUCCUAUAGCCAAUCGUCUCGGGUCUCCCCAACUUGAGUUGACCAAUCCAACUAAAGAACAGCUUUAUGACCUCUUUAUGCGAAUCCUUUCAAUCAAGAAGUACGAACAUCAAAUUCUGUACAAUGCUUGUCAGUUGGACAAUGUGGACGAACAGGCUGCGCAGAUUCGACGCGAGCUGGCUGACCGAAAAACAUACCUGGAGGAGAUUGCCAUUAACCGGCGGUAUCCCAAGAUGGUACACAAAGAGAUGGAGGUUCAGUACGUGGAGGAACAAAUCAAGAACCUCAAUCAAUUGAUGCUACAACUUGAAACUGUUCCAGUUGGAAAAUCCCAUGGUUAUUCAGCUGGUGUUGGCUCUGGUGCCGUUGGUGUUGUAGUUCAGCUUCAACGACGACUCAAGAAGUACUCCGCUCAUCCGCAACAACAAUCGGGGUCACAAAAUCCCUUCCCUCUUUCCACACAAUUGACCUUGGGUUUACUGCCCAUUCAACAGAAUGGUGAUCUAGAUGUCCGUAGAGGUGCCAUCUCCAGCCUGUCUCCUGUUCAUCGAACAUCUAUCAUGCCUUGGGUAACAGGAGAUGACGGCCAGCAGCACCAGUUGGUGACGGACGGUUCCAAUGUGCAAUUACGGUGUUCUUUUAAUCAUAUCGGGGGAAAUAUCUCCAAAAUGAACAUCCAACUAUCUUUCAAUCUUCAGAUUAUGAUAUGUCAGCUGCGACCAUUAAGACACCUCGUAGGCAACAAGCAAGUCUUCUGCACUAUUGAGGUGGAAGGAUGUCCGGAACGACAGCGAACAGCCUCCGUUAACGCUGCUAAGCCAAUAUGGGACACUCUCGCAGAGUUUGAGACCUCUCAUCCUCUUCCCUGCGUAAAAUUGAAACUCUUAAAGGAGAGUUCAGGCGCAUUUUCACUGGAUCACAAAGAACUUGGCCGAGUUGUACUGAUGCCAAAUCCAUCUACCUCUCAUCUGCCCACCUGGUAUAAAUUGCAACCAACCAAACGCUGCAAUGAUGCAAUUGAGUUGCAAGUAGCUGUGAGGCAGGAACGACCAUCAAAUCUGAAGCACUGUGGCUUCUGUUGGGUCCAAGGUCGUUCCACCUUCAAGAAGUGGAAGAUUCGAUAUAUCUGUCUAAUUCAGGUUUCCCAAUACACUUUCAUAAUGGCAGCUUUCAAGGAGGCAAAGAGUAUUGCUUACGAAAGCAUGGUUAUUGAGGGUUAUACUGUUGAUUACUGCGAAGCUAAUCAAGAGCUAUUAUCAGUUGCUAAAGCCGAGCUGGCAACAGAAUCUGGGGGGCUUCUUUCCUCUUCAAUGCCCUCCUUGAACAAAGUGAAGGGUGGGGGCUCUGGAAGUAUCUCCGUUACAUUCAGUGGCGGCAACCGAUCCAAAAACCCCUCCGUUGUGAUGGUGCCCACAUCUCGUGAGGUGGCCUCUCUGCAGUGCAGUGAAGAUGCCAAUAAUGGCGGCAAUGGUACUGGAGUCACUGCUCUUGGUGGGCCUAGUAUCUCCGUAAGCCGUCGACUCCCACGCUUUUUCUUCAAUCUCGUCAAGGAGGGAGACACACUCACCUUCGCAGUAUUUGAAGAGACCGAGUUGCAUUCUUGGGUACAGGCUAUUCACCGGGCUACCGGCCAGUCUCAUAAACCUGUGCCAACUACUCGAAUGAUUUCAAAGACUCAACUUAGGAAAGGUGAUCGGGACAGUGCUCAUCACCUUGGUGUAAGCUCUCUAGUCGCAGUGAAGCCAUACGAAGUUGACCAUUUGCCUUUGCUCAAGGAACUCUUUGUUCGAAUGUUGGAAUACCGAACCAAGGAUCCGUUCGUAUCACUUGGUUGGCUAAGUCCAUCACAAUGUCUGGUGCUAGAUGAGUAUUGUAAUCGUUACAGUAUUCGCGAGUGUCAGCGAAAUCUCCUCUUUCUCAAUGAAUUGCUAAACUAUGGCGAACAGGAUAUAAUGAUUGAUAUCGAAUUGAUUUUUCAAUCAUACGUUCUCUGUGCUGACCACGUUCAAGGAAAAACGAAAGAAAAGGGUAUAAAUACGGUACUUAACAUUGAAAUGGAUGAUUUCCAGAGACUUCGAACUCGCUUACUCGUUUUCCUCGAGAAACGUCUCACUGGAUUCCGAUUUCACUUCCCUUUCAACCGACCUGAAGGAGGAUUAGAAAAGUUGCUUGCUCUAUUGGAUCGGGUUAUGGCACAUUCAAAUGAAGGGAGUGCAUCAGUAGAGGCAGUGCGGUCUAUGGUACGAGUAUGCCUUCGAAAUGCCGCUGUUUUAAAUUACGAGAAGGUCUUCGAUUUAUCCCAACAAGAAGCAAAGAAACAUGAAGAUCCCAGUGAUGCUGGUCUAGAUACCCAUGUAACACGUUUGCGCAAUCUUCUACGACUUUCGGAAAUUUGCAUUGAUACUCUGCAACAAAAUGAUGAUUAUUUCGCUAAGUCAUUUAUCUGGUAUGGCGAUUUGUUUGUGGAACACGCAGAGAACUUUCUAUCGCUGUUUCAAAUGGACAUGUCUGAUGUUUUGGACAAUAUACCAGCUGACAACUGGGGAGUUUUUCAGGUAUUUCAGUUCCUCAAUGGAUGCCUUCUCAAUUCAGAAACCCUUGCAAAUGGACAAUUUCACUCUGCUCUAUUGGAUCGCUUUGCACCCAUAGUGGAGAAUUACCUCAGCCUCAUGGAGACAUCUAUUACCAAGUUUCUAGUCGCCGGAAUCGAAAAGGAAACCUGGGUACCACUGUCUGAUGAAGGAGCUCAAACAGGCAAGCUUUCUUUCACGAUUUACCCGUUACAUUUGAGUGUGCACUUUCCAUUGUGCAAUUAUGCUCUGUGUUAUCGUAUUUGCCUCUUUUGGAGUACAAAUAGUUCGGGCUUCUCAUUUAACGAAUUCGCUUCAGAUAGGGAGACCGGUUAUAUUUUUGGACAACCUUCUGAUCUCCCACGCCUCUUUUGGGAUUAUACCUUAAGAGCAGAAUCAAGUGACCUUGUCGCGGGUUCAUCGAUUAGUUCUCAGACCCAUCCCGAAACAGACACGGAGAGCUACCGCUCACUGAGCAUGCAACGGCGUAAUCGUUCAAUACGCCACAUUCCAACAAACGACGGCACUGGAGCAGGUUCAGGCGGGAACGACAGUUCAUCUCCCCCACCUCCACAUCGGCAGAAUACCUUAUCCCGCCCUCCGUUAACCAAUACCUACAACGGCCUGAAAUCUUAUUCAGCUCGAACAUCCCGAAUAACCAGAAACUCAACAGUUGUGGGCCCAACGAGCGCUUUUCUCAACGUGCUCUCCCGAAGUCGUCCCCUUGCUUUUGUUUCUCGAGUCAUGAAUCCCGCCGCCUCAAUCCGAUCAGCCAGUGUCAACAUGGGUCGACAAUCUAUCGUCGUGAUCACACCACCUCCCACUUCAGCCUCUGCCAAUGAGAGUGUACUGGAUGCCGAGGGAGAACGUAUGGAACACUCCGACUUGGCAGCAGAGUUAGCAUGUGCUCGAUGUUGUCGAACAGUGGGCACAUUGAUAUUCCGUCUCUAUGCAUUAAAAGACUUUAUUGAGGAACUUGGCUGGCCAGAGCGAGUAAAGGCGUCAGGAUGGGCUGAUUCUACUCGGAAGAUGUGCUCGAGUCUUCUGCGGGAAGCAGCUAAGAGAACGCUAGUUGAACUAGACUCCCAUCUUCGACAAUCGAGCAAAUCGACGGACCUUAUAGUGCCUCUUGAAUGCCUUACAAUGAUCAAUACGAUCACUGCAAUCAGAAUGCAAUUAUUCUCUCUAUGCCAUCGAAAUGAGUCAGAAGUUGCUGGGGAUGUGCAAUCGGGGAGCAAAACAGAGAGCCCUGGUGAAAUUUCUAUAUCACAACCGACUUCGGUAGGUGCUUCUAUCUCUCCUUUUACUAAUGUUUAUAUGACAACCAUGACAAACCUAAUGAAGAGCAUUGUAUUAACUGAAUGGAUUGAAUUUGAGAACAGAAAGAAAUUUCAGUUAGUAACGUCAAUCAGCGGCUUGAAUUGGAUCAAUCACAGUUCAUAG